AUGUGCUCUAUCCUUACUAGCGAUCAAGGCACGAAUUUCGUCGGCGCCGAUCGAGAACUGCGUCGGCUCUUUUCCGCCGCGAAAUUUGAUUUUCAAACACUGGCUAGCUCCUUAGCUCUGGACGGAACAACAUGGAAAUUCAACCUUCCUGCCGCCCUUCACUUCGGUGGUAUUUGGGAGGCAGCGGUGAAAUCCAUGAAGUUUCACCUAAGGCGAGUGGUGGGGGAGACUCCUCUCACGUUUGAAGAGAUGUCCACAGUUCUUUCGCAAAUCGAGGCCUGUUUAAACUCUCGCCCCCUGGCGCCCUUAGGAAUUGACCCCGAUUGCAAUGAAUUUUUAACGCCAGGUCACUUUCUUGUAGGAGCUUCGCUUACAGCCGUGCCUGAGCCGUCGCUGAUCGACGAGAAACCUACACGAUUAACACGCUGGCAGUUACUUCAACAGAUGCGCGAUCACUUCUGGAAACGAUGGGCGACGGAGUACUUGCAGAAUCUUCAGGCUCGCACAAAAUGGUCUCAGCCUAAACCUAAUGCGCAACCGGGCGACCUGUGUCUGGUUACGUCGGAAGCUACUCCACCUACCAAAUGGCCAAUUGGACGAAUAACUGAGACGUACCCCGGCGAUGACAACAGGGUUCGAGUCGUCCUGGUUAAAACACCGUUCGCGACAAUGAAGCGACCGGCUACUCAAGUUUGUCUCUUCCCGGCAACGCAGACAGAGAAUUAA